GAAGCAGCAGCAAGAAGAGACGAAGGAGCAAGGGCCAGCCUACCAGCGCAGGCUGCCUGCACAGUAAAACAGCCACCUGUGAGAAACCUGCAGGCUUUGGGAUCAGAGCAGCAGCCGCUGUCCCAAUAAGGGGGGCUGAGAUGUGGGGACCUGCAUGCAGAGUGAUGGGAAGAUGACAGUGAAAGGGGUUUCAAAGUAAAGCGAAGGCAGGCCAGGCUGCUGGGAGGAAACGUGUCUGCGCCCGAGACUCUUCGGCAGGAGGGCGGCUGCCUGCAGCUGCUCUAGAAUCUGUGCUGGGAAGCUUGGUGCAGAAAUGCCGUGGCACCCGCUAAGAAUGGAUGUCAGGUGUGUUCUUGCUGUGGUCACAGUGCUGGGGAUGGCUGCCCUCAUCCUCAGCCUGGUCAAAGUCACAGAUGUUUCUCUACCCCCCAGGACCAAGUAUGGGAUGGUGUUUGAUGCUGGCUCCUCGCAUACGGCUCUCUACAUCUACCAGUGGCCUGCAGAUAAGGAAAACAACACUGGCAUCGUCAGCCAGGUGGAGGCCUGUACUGUGCCAGGACCGGGCAUUUCCAGUUAUGCUGAUGACCCCACUAAGGCUGGAACCAGUCUGAAGGUGUGUCUGGACAAAGCCAUGACACUCAUCCCUGCAAAGCAACAGAAAGAGACACCCACCUACCUUGGAGCUACAGCGGGCAUGCGGCUGCUGAGGGAGCAGAACAGCACAAAAGCUGACCAGGUCUUGGCAGAGGUCUCCAAGGCCAUUCAAGAGUAUCCUGUGGACUUCCGUGGAGCUCGGGUCCUCACUGGGAAUGAUGAAGGCUCCUUUGGCUGGAUCACGGUCAACUACCUGCUACAGACGCUUAUCAAGUUUUCCUUCACAGGGGAGUGGAUACACUUGCCGGCAGCUGACACUGUGGGAGCACUGGACCUUGGAGGGGCUUCCACCCAGAUUGCCUUUUUUCCUGGAAGGACCAUUGAGGACAACAGCACCCAGGCCCUCUUCAAGCUCUAUGGGUCCAACUACUCAAUUUACACCCACAGCUACCUCUGCUACGGACAAAACCAGGUCUUAAAGAAGCUGAUUGCAUCCCUAAGAGAGGACAACGUCACUUCUAUCUCCCAUCCAUGCUACCCCAAGGGAUACCAGAUGAACAUCACCACGGCUAGCAUGUAUGACAGUCCCUGCAUCCCAGCACCAUCUACAUCUGCCCAGAACAAGACCCUCACAGUCGUAGGGAUGGGGAUGCCAGCUAAGUGCAGGAGUGCCAUCCAGCAGCUCUUUAACUUCACUGCAUGCAGGCCCAACAGGACAUGUGGAUUCAAUGGGGUUUACCAGCCACCAGAGCGUGGGCAAUUCUACGCCUUUUCUGGAUAUUACUCAGUCUUCCACUUCCUGAACCUGACAAGUGGGCAGCCCCUGAGCACUGUCAACACCACCAUCUGGGACUUCUGCCACAAGAACUGGAAGGAGCUGCAAGAGGAGUUCCCUGGGCAGGACAGGACCUACUUACGGAACUACUGCGCAGCUGGCUUCUAUAUCCUCACGAUCCUGAUGCAAGGCUACAAGUUUGACAACCAGACAUGGCAGAACAUCCACUUCCGCCAGCAGGUGGCUAACACGGACGUGGGCUGGAGCUUGGGCUACAUGCUAAAUCUCACCAACAUGAUCCCUGCAGAGGUUCCCAGUAAAGCUAAAGGGCAGAAGUUUGUCUUCUGGAUAAUCGCCAUGCUCAUUGUUGGCCUCCUGUUGGCUCUGGUCCUGUGGUCUAUUGUGGCUCUAACCUACCAGCGGCAAUUUGCCAAUUAUGAGACUAUUCUAUAGCCACUGGACACCUUGCUCACUGAGCUUCCCUCAGUGCUGUUCCUGGAACCUGAGAGAGCCCUGAAUUUUGGAGACACUUGUGGCCAUGUCAGUGGGCUCUGGGAGGUGCCCAGGGGCUGCUGGUGGCAGAGCCUGAGGAAACAGCACUUCUGUAGAAUGAUAGCUGUGAAUCUGUCAAAUAAAGGGCCCAUUGGCAAACUGUAAUCCAAGUAUCAGGUUUUAGUAAAACCUCCCCAAACACA